AUGACAGCCCUUGACAUACAUAGUCUGGGUGGGGGCGACAUCCGGACUCCUCAUACAGUGGAAGUUCUUCCCCGUGUCGUCCGUCACGCUACUGGACGCAACGCAGAAGGGAAAUCGGUGUUCCUGUCCACAGACGAUGAUGAUCACCACCACCGCGAGCUGGUCUACAAAUCAUCCAUCGCCACUAUUAACUACUCGACAUAUCAGCAUCCUGCUGAGCUCAAUGGCGACGUGGACAUCGAAUAUGCUCACGAGAACGAGCCCGACAUCUCCGUGGAGAACGGAUCCGCUUGCCGCAUGGUUGAUUUCGCUCCAGGUGGCGCAUCACCAAUGCAGCGCGCCAACAGUCUUGACUGCACCGUCGUGAUCGAGGGCGUUUUCAGAAUGAUUCUCGACUCUGGCGAGGAGCGUGCCAUGCAGCGCGGCGACAUUGCCGUCCAACAGUCGACCACUCACAGAUGGGUCAACGUGACCGGAAACGGGCUCCUGCCUGCUCGCAUUUUGGUCGUCCCACUCGAAAUCAACGAUCCGCACGCAGGUGGUGAGAAGGUGCAGAGGAAGCUAGGUCUACCCAGAAGGGAUGCUGUAUGGUUGCCCAGCCAUAAAACCGAGGACGGACCAGAUCGUGGUAGAUUUGCUAAGUUUCAUGAAAAUGAUUACUGGGAAAGUGAGUUUUAA